AACUAAUUAGUUAAGAAAUUAAACCAAUUAGUUAAGCAAUGAAACCAAUUAGUUAAGCAAUUAAAGUGGUUUUUCCGGUAAGACGGUCUUACACAAAAGUUACCGGUGUUUUUGGGACCCUCUCAAGUCUCAACCAAGUAGACGGCCACCACCUUAAACCCAGAGAAAAACCCCACAAAAUCACCAAUACAAAACAAAUACUCCCAUCAAAAUCAAGUUCCCACCUUUUCAACAAAAAAAGUUGAACAAAAAUCCGCCAUGGCUGCCACUUCAACAACAUCAAAAUUCAUCGCAUUAUUCCCUCAAACCCAGAAACACAAAACCCUAAUCCCUUCUACCCAAAAAACCCACCUCUCAUAUCCACUUUCUUGCCCUUCAAUCUCACUCAAAGCCCCAGAAAACACUAGAAAUCGAAAUGAGUUGUUUAUUACAUCAAUGGGUACUUAUAAUGUGCAGGUUAUUGUCGAAGAAAACGAACACGAAGAGAGGCUUCUUAGCAGGUUUAGAAGAGAAGUAAUGAGAGCUGGUGUGAUUCAAGAGUCUAAGAGACGGAGAUUUUUUGAGAAUCCUCAUGAUAAGAAGAAGCGCAAGUCUCGAGAAGCUGCUAAGAGGAAUAGCAAGAGGCGUUUUCAGCCAAGAGUUGUGAAGCAGAAUGAUACUGAAACUACGAAGGAAGUUGUUGAUGACUUUGAUAAUGAUAACUGGGAUCUUCCUGAAGGUGACCUUCCCUAUUGACCAAGCUGAUGCAACUUUUAGCAGGGUGACAUGCUGAAUAAGUGACAUUGACAGAUACAUUACUAAGUUUUUGGUACAUUUUGACCUGAGUUUUUAGAUUAUGACACUGUAAAGAGCAGUAUAGCACGAACACUAAAACAGGAUAUGUUAUCACCAAAUAUUGUUUGAAUGUCCAUAGGAGUAUAAUAUUAUUAUUAGUAAUGCUAAUAUCAUGCCAUGUCUACUCGAGUAUUCGAAGAUGUAUCAGCAGAUCAGUUAUGUUCCUAGAUGAA